AUGGCCGCCGCCGGCGCCCGGCGCAGCCCCGGCCCCGGCUCGGGGUUCCGGGGGCGGCCGAGGCUCGGCUUCCACCCGGGGCCGCCGCCGCCGUUGCUUCUGCUGUUUCUGCUCCUGCUGCUGCCGCCGCCGCUGCUGACCGGCGUCUCCGCCGCUGCCUCGCGGGAGCCGGACAGCCCGUGCCGGCUGAAGACGGUAACGGUGUCCACGCUGCCCGCCCUGCGGGACAGCGACAUCGGCUGGAUCGGCGCCCGCGCCGGGGCCGGGGCCGGGGCUGGGACCGGGGCCGCCGCCGCGUCCCCCGGCUCCGCGGGCUCCUCGGGCACCGCCGCCGAGUCGCGCCUCCUGCUCUUUGUGCGUAACGAGCUGCCCGGGCGCAUCGCGGUGCAGGAUGACCUGGACAACACCGAGCUGCCCUUCUUCACCCUGGAGAUGUCUGGCACGGCGGCGGACAUCUCACUGGUGCACUGGAGGCAGCAGUGGCUGGAGAAUGGCACCUUGUACUUCCAUGUCUCCAUGAGCAGCUCUGGGCAGCUGGCCCGGGCCACUGCCCCCACGCUCCAGGAGCCCUCAGAGAUCGUCGAGGAGCAGAUGCACAUCCUCCACAUUUCUGUGAUGGGUGGCCUCAUCGCACUGUUGUUGCUGUUGCUGGUCUUCACGGUGGCACUGUAUGCCCAGCGGCGCUGGCAGAAGCGGCGCCGCAUCCCCCAGAAGAGUGCAAGCACGGAAGCCACUCACGAGAUCCACUACAUCCCGUCUGUGCUGCUCGGGCCCCAGGCCCGGGAGAGCUUCCGUUCGUCGCGGCUGCAGGCCCACAGUUCCGUCAUCGGGGUGCCCAUCCGGGAGACCCCCAUCUUGGAUGACUACGACUACGAGGAGGAGGAGGACCUGCCGCGGAGGACCAACCACGUCUCCCGCGAGGACGAGUUCGGCGGCCAGGCCACCCCCACGCUGGACAGCCUGGGGCGGCCAGGGGAAGACCAGGUGGAAUUUGAGAAGAAAGCAGCAGCUGAGGCGACGCAGGAGACAGUGGAGUCCCUGAUGCAGAAGUUCAAGGAGAGUUUCCGCACAAACAUACCCAUCGAGAUUGGUCAGCUGCAGCCAGCCCCACGCACCUCGUCGGCAGGGAAGCGGAAGCGAAGGAGCAAGUCUCGAGGAGGAAUCAGCUUUGGGAGAAGCAAGGGGACUUCGGGCUCAGAGGCAGAUGACGAGACGCAGCUGACGUUCUACACAGAGCAAUACCGCAGUCGCCGCUGCAGCAAAGGCUUACUGAAGAGCCCAGUGAACAAGACGUCCCUAACACUGAUUGCUGUGAGCUCCUGCAUCCUGGCCAUGGUGUGUGGAAGCCAGAUGUCCUGUCCACUCACCGUGAAAGUGACUCUGCAUGUGCCUGAACACUUCAUUGCAGACGGAAGCAGCUUUGUCGUGAGUGAAGGGAGCUACCUGGACAUCUCUGAUUGGUUAAAUCCAGCCAAGCUGUCCCUGUAUUACCAGAUCAAUGCCACCUCCCCAUGGGUGAGGGACCUCUGUGGCCAAAGGACAACAGAUGCUUGUGAGCAGCUCUGCGACCCAGAGACUGGAGAAUGCAGCUGUCAUGAAGGCUACGCCCCUGACCCUGUUCACAGACACCUAUGUGUGCGCAAUGACUGGGGACAGAGUGAAGGACCUUGGCCUUAUACCACACUUGAGAGGGGCUAUGAUCUGGUGACAGGGGAGCAAGCCCCUGAAAAGAUUCUCAGGUCUACUUUCAGCUUGGGCCAAGGCCUCUGGCUUCCUGUCAGCAAAAGCUUCGUGGUCCCGCCUGUGCAGCUGUCCAUCAACCCCCUGGCGAGCUGUAAGACAGAUGUGCUCGUCACAGAAGACCCUGCAGAUGUCAGGGAAGAAGCAAUGCUGUCCACGUACUUUGAAACCAUCAAUGACCUGCUGUCCUCCUUUGGGCCGGUGCGUGACUGUUCUCGGAACAACGGGGGCUGCACUCGCAACUUCAAGUGUGUGUCUGAUCGCCAGGUGGACUCCUCAGGAUGUGUGUGCCCCGAAGAGCUGAGGCCCAUGAAGGACGGCUCUGGCUGCUAUGACCGCUCCAAAGGCAUUGACUGCUCUGACGGCUUUAACGGCGGCUGUGAGCAGCUGUGCCUGCAGCAGACACUGCCUCUGCCCUAUGAUGCCAGCUCCAGCACCAUCUUCAUGUUCUGUGGUUGUGUGGAGGAAUACAAGCUGGCUCCUGAUGGAAAAUCCUGCCUGAUGCUCUCAGAUGUCUGUGAGGGCCCAAAGUGCCUCAAACCUGACUCCAAAUUCAAUGACACCCUCUUUGGAGAGAUGCUACAUGGUUACAACAACAGGACCCAGCAUGUGAACCAAGGCCAAGUCUUCCAGAUGACUUUCAGGGAGAACAACUUCAUCAAGGACUUUCCUCAGCUGGCUGAUGGGCUGUUGGUGAUUCCACUGCCGGUGGAGGAGCAGUGCCGGGGAGUCCUCUCGGAGCCCCUGCCCGACCUCCAGCUGCUCACUGGAGAUAUCCGGUACGACGAGGCCAUGGGUUACCCCAUGGUGCAGCAGUGGCGAGUCCGGAGCAACCUGUACCGAGUGAAGCUUAGCACCAUCACCCUCUCAGCAGGCUUCACCAAUGUCCUCAAGAUCCUGACCAAAGAGAGCAGUCGGGAUGAGCUGCUCUCCUUCAUCCAGCAUUAUGGCUCCCACUACAUUGCAGAGGCCCUCUAUGGCUCAGAGCUCUCCUGCAUCAUCCACUUCCCUAGCAAGAAAGUCCAGCAGCAGCUAUGGCUCCAGUACCAGAAAGAGACAACAGAGCUGGGCAGCAAAAAGGAGCUCAAGUCCAUGCCCUUCAUCACCUACCUCUCAGGUCUGCUGACAGCCCAGAUGUUGUCAGAUGACCAGCUCAUCUCAGGUGUGGAGAUUCGCUGUGAGGAGAAGGGUCGUUGUCCCUCUACAUGCCACCUUUGCCGUCGGCCAGGCAAGGAGCAGCUGAGUCCCACACCGGUGCUGCUGGAAAUCAACCGUGUGGUACCACUUUACACCCUCAUCCAAGACAAUGGCACAAAAGAGGCCUUCAAGAAUGCACUGAUGAGUUUCUACUGGUGCUCAGGGAAAGGGGAUGUGAUCGAUGACUGGUGCAGAUGUGACCUCAGCGCCUUUGAUACCAAUGGGCUCCCCAAUUGCAGCCCCCUUCUGCAGCCGGUGCUACGACUGUCCCCAACAGUGGAACCCUCCAGCACUGUGGUAUCCUUGGAGUGGGUGGAUGUUCAGCCAGCUAUUGGGACCAAGGUUUCUGACUAUAUUCUGCAACACAAGAAAGUGGAUGAAUACACAGACACUGAUCUUUACACAGGAGAAUUCCUGAGUUUUGCUGAUGACUUACUCUCUGGUCUGGGCACAUCUUGCGUAGCAGCUGGUCGAAGCCAUGGAGAGAUCCCUGAAGUCAGUAUCUACUCGGUCAUCUUCAAGUGCCUGGAGCCCGAUGGUCUCUACAAGUUCACUCUGUAUGCUGUGGAUACGCGGGGGAGGCACUCAGAACUCAGCACAGUGACCCUGAGGACAGCCUGUCCACUGGUGGAUGACAACAAGGCGGAAGAGAUAGCCGACAAGAUAUACAAUCUGUACAAUGGGUACACAAGUGGAAAGGAGCAGCAGACUGCCUACAAUACGCUGAUGGAAGUCUCAGCCUCAAUGCUGUUCAGAGUCCAGCACCACUACAACUCUCACUAUGAAAAGUUUGGCGAUUUUGUCUGGCGCAGUGAGGAUGAACUGGGACCCAGGAAGGCCCACCUGAUCCUGCGGAGGCUGGAGAGGGUGAGCAGCCACUGUUCCAACCUCCUGCGAAGCCCCUACAUCCAGAGCCGUGUGGAUACUGUGCCCUACCUUUUCUGCCGCAGCGAGGAGAUCCGGCCUGCAGGCAUGGUGUGGUACAGCAUCCUUAAGGACACCAAAAUCACAUGCGAAGAGAAGAUGGUGUCCAUGCCCCGAAACACGUAUGGGGAUUCCAAGGGCCGGUGAGGGAGACUGCUGCCCUCUAUGAGCACAGAGACUCUCCGAGGGGGAGAAGUACUCUCAUGGAUCCUGGGACCUUGGGUGGGCUGGGGAACAGCUGAGGAUAAGCCUGGCAGAUGAAGUUACCAGCAAGGCCAAAGCAAACCAUUUCUCCUGUGGAUAGUGGACAGAGAACUUUUUAACCAAUGGAAUUAUUCAUUUCCUCUUUUAUUUUUUCUAAAAUAUUAUUUGAUUCUAUCAGAUGUCUCUCCUUUUUAAACCUUUCUUAUGGAUGACAGUCAAUGGGGAGGCAAAAGUUUUCAGGUGAAGACCAAGCAGCCUUUCCUCUUUUUCCUCCCUCCUGCCAUACUCAGCUUCCUUCCUCCCAUGGACCCAGGAGGAAACCUGUGGAAAGACAGUUUGACUUCCUCAGCUUCAUAAAGGAAGCCUCAAGGAUUGUUGCAAUGAGGAAGCUUGGGUCUUUAAGGAAUCUCUCUCUCUCUCUCUCUCUCUCUCUCUCUCUCUGUCUCUCUCUCUCUCCCUCUCUCCUGUCUUCUCUCUCUCUUUCAGACUUUAUUAAGUUUGCAGGUCCUCUCCUUCUUCCUGCUACCUGUGGGUGUACCCAAAGUCCCUGCAGGACUUUCUGUGCAUUAAAAAUUCCUAUUGUCUCUC